GCAUUGCCUAUCCCUUUAACGGCGACAGUGAGAUAGCUUGGAGCUCGAUUGGCAAUGCCUAAACUUGCUCACCUCAUAAUAAAGCGGAUGGCCAUUGGUCGAGCUUUGGAGCGUAGAGUGAUGAUUGGCUGUGAUCACCGUCUGUUUGUUGUGAGCGGAGAGCGGGAUGUGGGGUCUAGUUGGUCGUCAAGCUGCGGCCUUUUUUAGUCGGCGGUGAGCUGCUGGCUUAUUUAUGUUCAUGUAGUUUAGCCUGGUUGUUAGGUGGCUGCAGUAACAGUGUGGCGUGGCGCCAAGCUUGCCCCGUGUGUCGGGUCGCUUGGCGGCUGCGGCCACUCGGCGGGAAUGUCGGAACCAACUCUUCUCAAUCAGUUCGUGAAGGUAACGGGGAGGCUGCAGGCCGGCUCACCAGUGGUGUGGGAGCAUGAAGCAAAGGCUAUGGGGGUGUUCACUUCCAUCACUCAUGACAAGUGACAUGACUGCACCCAUACCAUGAGGCGAGGUGUCACAGGCAAGCUUCACUGGACAAUGUGGAUCAUAAUGUGUGAGUGCAGCUCUCAGAAGAAAAUCAGAUGGUUCCCCGUUAGGAGACUCUUCGCCCAUCAUUGUCACAGUCUCAGGAUUCCUUACAGGUUUUUAAAGACAGGUCACGUAGCUCCACCCGCUCGAAGUGGUCACCGCUGUGUUGCAGAUAAUUCAAACCUUUAUGUAUUUGGAGGCUACAACCCAGACUAUGAAGAGUCUGGCGGUCCUGAGAAUGAAGCCUACCCACUUUUCCGUGAACUCUGGCGAUAUAACUUUGCCUCUGGUAUUUGGCAGCAAGUUGGUACAGAAGGAUUCAUGCCCAGGGAGCUUGCGUCGAUGUCAGUUGUUUUACAUGGUAAUAAUCUGUUGGUGUUUGGAGGCACUGGCGUCCCCUUUGGCGAGAGCAGUGGGAAUGAUGUACAUGUGUGCAACAUUAACUACAAACGAUGGGCACUGCUUAACUGUCGAGGGGAGAAACCUAAUCCCAUCUAUGGGCAGGCAAUGGUGAUCAUAAAUGGUUACCUGUAUAUAUUUGGUGGAACAACUGGUUAUGUUUACAACACAGACUUGCACCGAUUAGACCUUAGAGCCCGAGAAUGGAUACAACUAAAACCACAUAACCCUCCUAGUGACUUACCAGAAGAAAGGUAUCGACAUGAAAUUGCACACGAUGGACAGAGGAUAUAUAUCCUGGGUGGGGGAACAUCGUGGACAACUUAUCCACUAAAUAAGAUACAUGCCUAUAACUUGGAAACUAAUACAUGGGAGGAGAUACAAACAAAACCACAGGAGCGAACAGGUUUCCCGGCAGCUAGAAGAUGUCAUAGCUGUGUACAAAUAGGACAUGAUGUGUAUGUCUGUGGUGGAUAUAAUGGUGAGGUGAUACUAGGGGACCUGUGGAAGCUCAGUUUACAAACUUUCCAGUGGGUUAAACUGCCUGCAGAAAUGCCUGAGCCAGCUUACUUUCACACUGCAGCAGUCACCCCGGCUGGCUGUAUGUAUGUACAUGGUGGAGUGGUCAACAUUCACGAGAACAAGCGGACUGAUUCGCUGUAUAAAAUCUGGCUAGUGGUGCCCAGCCUGUUUGAACUUUGUUGGGAGAGGUUACUGAAAAGCCUCCCGCAGUUAACACGGUUCUCCACUACACAACUUCUCAAUUUUGGACUCACACAAGGACUUGUGGAGAGACUUAAGUGAUUGCUGGUAAGGGGAUGGAGGGAAACCAUUCUGCAAUAUGGGUGAUGUUGGAGGAAGCUGCUGGAAAGAAUACUCCUCAAGGCCUUAUCUGCCAUAAGUGUUGGAUGCCUGUUAUUUCUAAACAUCCUGUCACUUUUGCAUCAAGUGCCACUGACUGAUCCCAAUUUUCUCUCUUCCUCAACCCUAGGGAACUUGCUUUAAAAUGUUGAUUUUAAACUUGUCCUUGCCCCGUGGUUACUCCAGUUUUCACCCUGCCCCUAAAUGGACUUUGCUUAAAUUCCUAAAAUUUCAGCCCAGUUAUUUAUUAGUUAUUUAUUGGUGAUGGCUGCUUUUCCCUCCUAUGUGCACUGCAUUUUUGCAGAUGUUAUUUUUAAUUCUAAUUUCAAUUGCUGUCAGACCUGCGUAUGUCAAAUAUUUCUGUCUUGUACUUGGAUAUCUACCUUUUCCUUUCCCACCACAAUCUUCACCGUUUUGUUUUUGAUUUGCUUUAAAUCUGUUGUUUUCUGAAUGUUUUGAAUUCUUCCUGCUUUAGUCUUGAAGCAAUUGGCAUCCCUGAAAGGUGCAGUGAUUUAAUGAACACUUGGAAUUUUAAACUCUUGCUCGAAGUUGAGCUGAGCUGCGUCAGGCUUUACCCAAGAAACUCAUUUUAAAAAUGAAGGGAUCAAAAUGUGGAUUUGUUCCUUUUUUAAAUUGCUUAGAUGACCAGAUUUAAUUUUUUUUAAAUCUAAGGUUUUCUUUUCCCUUUUGUAAAAUUUAAUAAAGCAUGAUUGAAUUAAUUGAA